GCGUCUUUGGUAAGCUACCGAAGUUCAUCGACUCCAACGAGGUCAAGCUCCACUGCACCAACGGAGUUAACGAUUUAGACUACGCCAACCAACAACGAGUUGCAGCUAUCAACGCAGCUCCACGCAAGACGCGGAGCGAGGCUCCGCCAGAGUACCAGCAAGAAGGAAUGCCCACACUCAUGCUCCACAGCAAGGGCUACGACAACAAUAAGGCGCCCAUCUACACUCCUGGAGACCCCAGUGCAGAACCACAAGGAGUCAACACGUCCGACACCCUCACGCGCAACUACACGCACGUCUACCUCGACUUGGGUUACAUCUACUUCCUCGCGGCAUUGAAGGGCGGUUUCGUGCGCACCACCUAUCGGCACCACAUCACCAUCGCAUACCUCGCCGUAACUGGGGAAUGCUGGAGUCACGAGGUCAAGGAGAGCUGGGUCACCGUGUUCGACAAUUGCAUGGUCCGUUCCAACAACGAGAUGUGA